AUGCCCGCAGCAGAUGUCACCGUCAACGGCACCGGCCAGUCUACUCCCCCUGCAAUCUCUCCGUCGAAUCCGCUGCAGCCCGCCACGGGCGCCCCCGAAGUUAUCACAGACGCCGAUGCAAAAGAGAACACAAACACCUUGGAGGAAGCGAAGGCAAGAACGGAGGAAAUCGCGCCGAGCUCAAGAGAGACUGGAGAUUUCGACGAUUUUGGUCUUCCCAUUCGAAAGCGCUUGAUACCUGAACGGUUGCCCGACGGUUCCCCCGAAAAUGCCGACGAUCGCCCUGAAGCCCAAGCACAGGCCACAAUCGAUGCCCUCGAUAUGAAGUCCGAAUCAAAACCGAGACAGGAUACAGAGGGAGAAAAGCUGGCCGAGGCUGCUCCGGGACCCGACGCUGGAGCUGAAAAUGAAACCAACGGCGUGGUGGAACAAUCAGCACCGUCGGACACCAUAGAACCCCAGCAUGACAGUACACCUAUAAAGGAGUCUGUUGCGGAUGCUUCGGCUGAUCCAACUCCAUCUCGAACCUCAGUUUCCAAGCCUAGGACUGCAGAGAUCUCAGAAUGGUCACACAUGCGUUUAGCUCAACCCGUGGAGGCAAAUGCCGAGAGCGACGAAGAAGAGGAGCCAGAAGAUUGGCAAGCAAUGCCUGCACUUGGCGAAUUCGACUACUAUGACGACUACGGAAGGUUGAUUGCACGCGGUGCUCAGCAGGAGGACGACGAAGCUGUUUACCAAGGACUUGGUGGGGCUGGGAAAGGUUACACUCGAGUCCAGCUGGACGAAGAUGCUCAGUCUGCUACCAGUAUGGAUGAAGAGACAAGUUAUCUCUUCCGAGAGACUGGAGACAACCAAGCCGGCCUUGAAGGCGAGGAACUUCGUGAUACCAUGAGCCAACUGCAGGCCACAAAGGACCUCCUUAAUGAAACACAAAAGAUCGCAUACGUUGGUGUGGUCAGAUUGGCGAUACACAUCAUGAACUUGGCGCUGGCUGAGAUGCCCACCACUAGGGGCACACGCAAGGCGUUGCAGAAAGCCCGCGAUAACAUGAGGAAGUGGGGACAGGCCAUGAUGGGGAGAUUAUACGCCCAUAUGGAUAUAAAUACUGCUGAGCAGAUCAUGAUUGAACAGCUCGCUGGACAUGGUGUCGAACCUGGUGAUCUAGUCCGGCCUCUCAUGCAAAACGCUCGGGUCAAGAACCCCAUGGCUGAGAGUGAUACGCGACCGUCAACCUCUUCCGUCUCGUCUACCCCCAAAUUGGACCCCCGGGACAGGCUAUCAUCCGAGACAGCAAACCCUUCCGAGCCCGGUUCCCCUCCCCCGUACGAAGCUCAUGAAGGCGAGGGACUAGUCCCCGAAGUCCAAACACCAUCUCAAAUGCCGACCUCCGAUCGAAUUGACAUCGAUCUUCGUUGGACGGUUCUAUGUGAUCUGUUCCUCGUGCUCAUUGCAGACUCCGCCUACGAUGCUCGGUCACGCACCUUACUGGAAAGAGUCGGGGCAGCCAUGGACGUGACGUGGUUACAGAUCUCCCGAUUUGAGAAGCGCGUGACCGAUGCUCUGGAAAUGCAAGAGCAAGCAGAAAAAGAGAACUGGGAUGAGACGGAGCACAUGGAGAACCGCCGGCAGAUGUCCCGGAAGCGCAAGUAUAUGCUUAUGGGCUUGGCGACAGUCGGUGGUGGACUGGUCAUCGGCCUCUCCGCUGGACUACUGGCUCCAGUGAUCGGAGCCGGUCUUGCUGCGGGCUUAACCACCGUGGGUAUUUCCGGAACCAGUGCAUUCCUGGGAGGUGUUGGCGGUACUGCUCUGAUUGCCUCCAGCGCUAGUCUGGGUGGAAGUGUCAUCGGUUUGAAAGCCUCGCAUCGGCGUACCGGAGCUGUCAAAACCUUUGAAUACCGACCUCUUCACAAUAAUAAGAAGCUUAAUCUGAUUGUGACAGUCUCUGGCUGGAUGACUGGCAAGGUCGAUGAUGUUCGGCUCCCGUACAGUACUAUAGACCCAAUUAUGGGCGAUAUUUAUUCCGUUCUCUGGGAACCUGAGAUGCUUCGCAGCAUGGGUGACACGAUUAACAUUCUUGCGACAGAGGCGUUGACUACAGGUCUCCAACAAGUGCUCGGUAAUACUGUUCUGAUGGCUCUGAUGGCCUCUUUACAACUACCACUUGUGCUUACAAAACUCGCCUAUCUUAUCGAUAAUCCCUGGAGUGUCUCCCUAGCUCGGGCUCAUUAUGCAGGUCUGAUCAUGGCGGAUUCCUUGCAGGACCGGAACCUUGGAAACCGGCCCAUUACGCUGCUUGGUUUCUCAUUGGGUGCGCGGGUCAUUUUCUCUUGUCUCAAGGAGCUUUCGGACAAAGGUGCCCAUGGACUCAUUCAGAACGUAUAUCUUUUUGGAUCUCCAAUAGUGGCCAGUAAGGACGAUUACUUGAAAGCCCGCAGUGUCGUAUCUGGCCGAUUUGUGAAUGGAUACUCCAGAAAUGAUUGGAUCCUCGGGUACCUCUUCCGGGCCACCAGUGGUGGUAUCGCACGUGUAUCUGGUCUCGCGCCCAUCGAAGGCGUCCCUGGGGUCGAAAAUUUCAAUCUGACCGAGCUUGUGAAUGGUCACAUGGACUAUCGAGCCGCCAUGCCUCGUCUUCUGAGGGAGGUUGGCUGGGAGGUUCUGGAGGACGAAUUCGCAGAGAUUGAGGACCCUGACCCGGAUAGUCAUGCUGAGCGGCAGAGGGAGCUAAUUCGUGAGAUUGACGAGGCUCGUCGUGAAGCUGAGCAGAAGCCAGAGAAGAAGCGCUUUGGUCUCUUUAAACGGGGCAAGAUGGCAGAGAAAAAAGCAUGGGAGACUUACGAUGUCGACCGCAAUGCCCCUCUACGUGGCUCGACUGACACCAGCAGUGCCCCUGGCACUGUGCUUUUCGAUAUUGAAGCUAUCCGGGCCGAAUUGGCUUCUGAGGCUAUCGAAGUCAAGCAGUUGGAAUCCACCUUGCCUCCAAUGAAACUCGAUUUGAACCCCCAGCCCCAAACCUUGCAGCCCGAGACUCCAAAGGAAGAUGAACCCAAGAUCAAAACACCAGAAGCAUCCCCUGUCACCCGAACAGCAUCGGAGCCUCAGUUAAACACGAUGUCUCACCAUUAUGAAUCUGCGUCGCAAGAAGAUGAACUCGAAAUGACCUUUGAUACAUCAUACCAUGAACCACCACCACAGUACUCAUUCGAUACCCAUACUCGCCCAGAAUUACGAUCUACCGUCAGCAUGCCCAACAACAAUGUUGGUAGCAGUGCGGUCGGGGCUAUGGCACUGGAGCAUAAUGCCUGGGCCGAUGACCAUGACGGAGGAUUCUCUAUGACAUUUGAGUAA